CCACUGACCGCCACUGCUCAUUGAGCUGCUGCUGCUUGCAAGUGCUGUGUGCUGUAACACUUGCAAAAACCUUUCUCCGGUCUACAAAGACCUCAGCUUUCCAUCCUCCUCCACUUCUUUGUUCCAAAGCCGCCCCCGUUCUCCCUCUCCUUCCCCCCCCCCCCCCUCCCCCUCUCUCUCUCGUCUUCCCCUCUUUUCUUCUCUCGAAUCCUCUCCUCAGCCCGGCAUUCUCCUCGCUCUGCAGUCCGCACCUUGCUGUGUUUGGGGUUCAGCAUCCAGAUGGCAUUUUACGACGAGUCGCCGCCGCUCAGGAUCAAUACCAGAGGCGGCCACAUGGGAGGAGAGCACGACGAGGCGGAGAACCAGCGGUGGCCGCCGUGGCUGAAGCCGCUGCUGGCGACGAGCUUCUUCGGGCAAUGCAAGCAGCACGCGGACGCGCACAAGUGCGAGUGCAACAUGUACUGCCUCGACUGCGUCAACGGCGCGCUCUGCUCCCAGUGCCUCGCCUACCACCACGGCCACCACGCCAUCCAGAUAAGGAGGUCCUCGUACCACGACGUGAUCCGCGUGUCGGAGAUUCAGAAGGUGCUGGACAUCACCGGCGUGCAGACGUACAUCAUCAACAGCGCCCGCGUCGUGUUCCUGAACGAGCGCCCCCAGCCGAGGCCUGGCAAGGGCGUCACCAACACCUGCGAGGUCUGCGAGCGCAGCCUCCUCGACACCUUCCGCUUCUGCUCCCUCGGCUGCAAGAUCGUUGGCACCUCAGGCGAGUACCGCGGCAGGAAGAAGCACGCGGGCGGCAAGAAGAGGAAGCUGAAAAAGGGCGCGGCGGCAGCAGCGGCUUCGGACUCGGAGGACUCGUCCACGAUAACCGGCGGCGGCAGCGACAAGAGCAGCGUGGUGCAGAGCUUCACGCCGUCCACGCCGCCGGCGACCGCCAACAGCUACCGCUCCGCGAAGCGGCGCAAGGGCAUCCCGCACCGGUCGCCGUUCGGCAGCCUCAUGGUGGAGUUCUGAAGACUGAAGCAGAGCAAACUCCCCAUCUCCGAGACAGAACGGGAGAUGCAAUGGUACCACUACCACUGUAGCAUACACAUCCACAUAUCUAUCUCUAGAGUUUGCUGUUCUUACAGUAAGUACACAAGGAGCUAGCUAAGCAAAAAUAACAGAUCCCCCAUUGCACCUCUGCGCUUCUGGACGAGGAGGCCGGUGCAACGCAAUGCGGGUUAAUUAGUUCCUACUUCUUCAUAGUUACUGUUACAACACGGUUACUGUCCUAGUAACAACGGUUUGGGUUUGUUGAUCUCCCCGGAAGAGCGGGAGGUAGUACUAGAAGAAGUUACUCCGUCGUAGUUGGCUCAUAGCCACUAAGUUUUGCGACUUCCUUGUUAUAGGUGUUCUUAGGUGUGCUUGAUAUGGCUAGAUGUACAUAUAUGUAUGUAUACUUUAUCACAGAUGGGGAAUGGUGUUCAUAUUUGCUUGUGCUUUCCCUGUAAUAAAGUUCGGAAUGCUGCUCCUGAAA